AUGGCUUCAAUUGAGCUUAUUGACAAAUAUGAAAGAGGAAUGGAUUUCGACGUAACCAUGUAUAUAGUUAUAAUAGGAUCCUUACUUAAUUUAGCCAUAAGUAGGACAAAUAUCAUGUUUAGUGUGUGCAUGUGUGCUAGAUAUCAAGCAUCACCUAAGGAUUCCCACUUUAAAAUCGUAAAACGUAUUUUGAGGUAUCUUAACGGAACCUUCCAUCACGGUAUUUGGUAUCCUAAAGGUAGUGCUUGUAGCUUAGUAGCUUUUUCUGAUUUCGAUUUCGUGGGGUGCAAAGCGGAUAGGAAAAGUACUAUUGGUACCUGUCACUUAUUUGGAAGCUGUUUAGUUUCUUGGCACAAUAAAAAGCAGCAUAAUGUUGCUCUUUCUACCGCUAAGACUGAAUAUGUAGCCACUGGUAGUUCUUGUGCACAAGUUUUGUGGCUAAAGUAA